AUGUCUCAACAAGGCGCCUAUGGCGCCCCUGCCUCGGAUACCGAGUUCCGAAAAACCUGGGACCGCGAGGAAUACGCCAAAAAGGCCGCUGACGAAGAAGCCAAGCGCAAAGCAGAGGGCAAGGCCCGAUAUGAAGCCAAGCUCCUCGGCAAGAAAUAUCAUGCGCCCGUCGACUAUAGCGCCCUACAAGCGACCACUGCUCGCCAAGACCGAUUGAAGGUCGAUUCAAAUGUGGGCAAGACGACUAUAGUUCCGGCCGGCGCUGGCCAGGGCAAAAGGGGCCGAAGUGCGGGAUUCUACUGCCAGGACUGCGACCUCACCUUCAAGGACAACAUCCAGUGGAUUGAGCACUUGAACAGCAAGCAGCAUCUUAUUGCAACUGGAGAGAGUGGAGAGGUUGUUCGGGCUGGUGUGGAGGAUGUGCGGCUCCGACUGCAGAUGCUUGCGCACCAGAAGCGAGUGCGUGAGGAGGAGGAGCGUCGUGCGUGGCAGCUGGAUCUGGGAGAGAGGCUGCGGGAGAGGGAGAAGAUCGAGGCAAAAGAGAGGGAGGAGAAGAGACGCAAGCGGAAUGAGAAGCGUCGCAAGGGUGGUGAUGGGGUCAAGCAAGAAGACAGCUGGGAGGGAAGACUGGGAAUUAUCGCUUGA